AUGGCGGAAGGUGAAGAGAUUCACACAGAAACCGUCCAAUCUAGUAUACCAACCGGCAGAGUGAAGCGUAUUAUGAAACUCGACAAAGAUAUCAACAAAAUCAACGCCGAUGCCCUAUUCCUAAUCUCAAACGCCACCGAGCUUUUCGUCAAGUUCUUGGCCGAGAAAUCAUCGGAGGUUGCAGUUGAGAAGAAAAGGAAGACAAUAAAGCUGGAGCACCUUCGAAUCGCCGUUAAGAGACACCAGCCGACCGCUGAUUUCCUUCUUGAUUCACUUCCACUGCCGCCGCCACCGGCGGCGGCUCAGACGUCAUCGAAACCUGAUCGACCUCAUAAAAGGAGUGAUAAUAACCCUGUUCCUGUUGGCACUCGUCGGAUCGACAGUUUCUUCCAGAAAGAACCUUAG